AACAGCUUGGAACCCCUCCCCCUCAGGGCUUUCCUAAAGCAGACAAGUGAGUCCCCAUGGGACAGCUGCCCCCUAACUCCCUGUGGCUCAUUCGUGCAGCCAAGGCCAAUCCCCUAAUUUGAUGAUGACAGUUCAAUGACUAAGCGGUGGCUGGGGCUGAGGUGCCUGAGUCAGGUUGGGGACAGGCACUGUCUCAGUUGCAGGAAGUCAUAAGCUUAAUUCCUCCUUUUCCAAAAGCGGAGGGAACAGGGUUGAGCAAGCAGCUGGGACUGACUGAACCUACCUGGACCGACUGGGUGAGGCUGUCCUGCCAUGAGGCUGGUGGUGGUUUUCUCGGGGGCCUUGUUGGGGCUUCUAGUCGCCCAAGGGACAGUGAAUAGCUGUCCUCACAAAAAAUCGGCCACUCUGCUGCCAUCCUUCACGGUGACACCCACAGCUACAGAAAGCACAGCAAGGCCCGCGACCACCAGCCACAGAACCACCACCACGGGCGCCACCAGCCACGAGCCCACAACGGCCACCCACCACACGGUCACCACCCCCAGUCACGGGAACGCCACGGUUCACCCGACGACAAACAACAGCACGGCCACCAGCCCGAGAGCCCCCACCACUGCCCCCCACCCGGGACCCCCUCCACCCCCUCCAAGCCCGAGCCCAGGCUCCAAGGACGCUGUAGGGGACUACACAUGGACUAAUGGCUCCCAGCCCUGCGUCCGGCUCCAAGGCCAGAUCCAGAUCGGAAUUCUGUACCCGACCCAGGGCGGAGGAAAGGCCUGGGGCAUCUCUGUGCUGAACCCCAACAAAACCAAGGCGCAGGGGGACUGUGAGGGUGCCCACACCCACCUGCUUCUCUCGUUCCCCUACGGACAGCUCAGCUUUGGAUUCAAGCAGGAGCCACAGCAGAGCGCUGUCUACCUGAGCUACAUGGCUCUGGAGUACAACGUGUCCCUUCCACAGGCGACACAGUGGAUGUUCUCCGUUGAGAACUCAUCCCUUCACGCUCUCCAAGCCCCCCUGGGCCAGAGCUUCAGCUGCGGGAACGCAAGCCUCUCUCUCUCCCCAGCACUGCGCCUUGACCUGCUACACCUGAGGCUCCAGGCUGCCCAGCUGCCCCCCUCAGGGGCCUUUGGGCCAAGUUUCCCUUGUCCGACUGACCAGUUCCUCCUGCUGCCCCUCGUCAUUGGCCUGGUCUCCCUGGGCCUCCUCGCCCUGGUGCUCGCUACGUUCUGCAUCGUCCGGAGACGCCCGCCCACCUACCAGCCCCUCUGA